AUGGAUGCCGAUGUCAAUCACACCGAAACCAAUGACGAUGAUGAAGACAAUGCUGGUACACUAAGCAUCUCCAACGACUGUCACAGUGAGGACGAUGACGCCCUCAUUGGUGAAGAAAACGUUCUUUCAGCAGUGUACACGAAGCGCACUGCUGUUAACAAGGAUGAAUCAGCAGAGGAAUUUCUGCUGACUUGCGAAGCGGUUGUCCGCUUCGAUCAAGACUUUAUUGCAGAUGCAAUAAACAGAUAG